CCUAUGCAGAAGGGCUCCUUGAACCUUCUGAGGCAGAAAUGGGAAUCAAGUGAUUACCAGAAAAGUGAAUGUUGUCCUGGAGGCAGCCACUGCAGGCUCAUCCAACAACGAGAAAGCAAAUGUCUUGAACCUCAAGGGGAGAUAGUUUUAGCCCCAGGGCCUCCAGAAACACUGAGCCAACCCUGUUGUAUAGAAGAAGAGAUGUUGUCCUCAGUCCUCGAAAAGGCCCCUGAGGAGAAGAAGGAUUGCUUGCAGGGACCUGGCCAGCCUGAAGUGCUGAGGGAAGAUCCCAUGGGCAGUCGACGCAGGAUCGAGCGCUUCUCCAUUGCCCUCGAUGAGCUGAGGAGUGUGUUUGAGGCUCCUAGGAAUGGAAACCGACCAGCUGGAUCAGCUGAGUAUGCCCGGAAGGAAGUGGAAAUUGAGCGAAGUUUGUGUUCACCAACAUUUAAGAGUCACCCUUGGAGCCAGUCUGACGAGUCUGUGAAAGAUUCUGACAAGAAAGGCGGGGAAACAUCUGUUGACAAGAUGCCAUCUGAGACUGGCCACAGUCAUAUCUUUGAAGCUACUGUUGGCCCCAAUAAGCCCGUGAGUGGAUUUGCAGAAGACAGUGCUACGCUCCAAGAGAGUGUGUCAGACCUCCAGGAGGUGGUCUCCUUGAAGGAGCGGAUGGCGAGGUACCAGGCAGCGGUGUCCAAGGGAGACCGCCACAGCUUCUCUGCAAAUAUGAUGGAGGAAUCAGCCAUGUGCACGGUGCCUGGUGGCUUGGCCAGGGUGAAGAGGCAGUUUGAGAAGGACGAAGUGGCUUCUUCCCAGAAUAUCUUUUCUCAGUACCAACACCAACACCAGCACCACAGCAGAGCUGAGCAGGAGGUAAUUGGUAGUAGCCAGGUAAGCGUUUCAAGAACUAACCAGGAAAUGGAAGAAAAGGAACAAGAAGUUUCGCAUGCACAAGACAUUGAAGUUCUUGAAACAGAAAUGAAAUCACAUCUUGAAAAGCACAGCCAGGAACUAAAUCAAGCUGCUUCUCAUUUCCAUCAAUAUGUUCAAGAGACAGUUAUUGAUACACCGGAGGAUGAAGAGAUCCCAAAGGUUUCAACUAAGUUUUUAAAAGAGCAAUUUGAAAAGUCUGCCCAGGAAAAAGUCUUUUACUCAGACAGAGAGAUAACAACACCAGCCAAACAAAUUAAGAUUGAAAGUGAAUAUGAAGAGAACUUAAAGCCAUCUUCAAUUGUGGGUACCUCUUCCACCACUUGCAGUUCAUCCAUCCAAAGAAGGGAAAUAUCAACUACCAGAUACAAUAACCACAGUGCCACUUCCUCAACCCUGUCACAAGUUAGUGCCACUCCUUCCAGAAAAACAGAAGAAUUUCCUCCUCCCCAACCUGAUGUACUUCAAACUCCAAUAGAUGUGGCAGCAUCCUCCCAGUCCCCUGAAUUGCCUACUUCUGCUAGAAAACCACCAGUCCCCAAGGAAUUGUACUCCAAACAAAGAAAUUUGUAUGAAUUAAACCGUUUAUAUAAACACAUUCAUCCUGAAUUAAGAAAAAACUUGGAGAAAGAUUAUAUCAGUGAGGUUUCUGAAAUCGUUUCUAGUCAGACAAACCGAGGGAGUUCAGUUUCAGCUGAUGUACAACAAGCCCUGUCUGUUUUUGAAAAUACAAAUGGCAGGUCUCAGAAAAGUCUCAAUAUUGAGAAGGAGCACAUGGAGUGGGAUGAAAUUCUGAAGGGAGAGGUGCAAUCCAUGAGAUGGAUCUUUGAGAAUCAGCCAUUAGAUUCCAUCAACAAUGACUCUCGGGAUGAAGGUAGCACUCUAAAGGGCAUUUCUGACCAAGAAAUCAUUGCCGGUGGUGAUGUGAAGUAUACAACUUGGAUGUUUGAAACCCAACCCAUAGACACACUGGGUGUUCAUACUUCUGACAUGGAAGAAAAUGCUGGGAAAAUCCCAGAGCUAGCCAGAGGAGAUGUGCGUACAGCCAGGUGGAUGUUUGAAACAAAGCCGUUAGAUACACUGAAUAAAAUGCAUCAAAGUCCAGAAGAAUCAGAGAUAACUACUAUUAAGGACAUAACUGGAGGGGAUGUCAAGACUGUGAGAUAUAUGUUUGAGACUCAAAAUCUGGACCAACUUGGACAGCUUCAUUCAGUAGAUGAGGGUCACUUACUGCAACUCAGGUCUGAGCUCAAGGAAAUGAAAGGAAAUGUGAAAAGAAGUAUAAAAUGUUUUGAAACUCAACCUUUAUAUGUUAUUAGAGAUGGGUCAGGUCAAAUGCUAGAAAUUAAAACUGUUCACAGGGAAGAUGUUGAAAAGGGCAAUGUGAGAACAGCUCGUUGGAUGUUUGAGACACAGCCCUUGGACACAAUUAAUAAAGAGAUCACGGAAAUUAACGUUGUUCGAGGAAUAGCUAUGGAAGAAAAUGUCAAAGGCGGGGUAAGUAGGGCAAAGUGGUUAUUUGAAACCCAACCUUUGGAGAAAAUUAAAGAAGAGACAGAAGAAGUAAUCACUGAAAAGGAGAUUAUUAUAGGUGCGGAUGUUUCCAGAAAGUGCUGGAUGUUUGAAACUCAGCCAUUAGACAUUCUGAAAGAAGUUCCUGAUGAAGACCCUCUACCACCUGAGGAGAUAAUAGGGGGUGAUGUGCAAGCCACGAAACAUCUUUUUGAAAUGUUUCCAAUAGAGGCUUUAAAAGAUAGCCCAGAUGUAGGAAAGCUUCAAAAAAUCACUGCCUCUGAAGAAGAAAAGGGGGAUGUUAGGCACCAGAAAUGGAUUUUUGAAACCCAGCCUCUUGAAGAGAUUAGAAAAGAGAAAAAAGAGUACACAAGGACAGUGAAACUUGAAGAGGUGGACAGAGGAGAUGUGAAGAAUUACACACACAUUUUUGAAUCAAGCAAUUUCAUUAAAUUUGGUGCACCACAUAAAAUUGAAGUGGAAGGAGUUACAAAAGGUGCAGUAGAAUCAAAUAAAUCUCUGUUUGAGUCAACACCACUCUAUGCCAUCCAAGAUCAUCAAGGAAAAUAUCAUGAAGUAAAGACUGUUCGGCAAGAAGAAAUCCUACGAGGAGAUGUGAGAAGCUGUAGAUGGCUUUUUGAAACAAGGCCCAUUGACCAAUUUGAUGAGAGCAUUCAUAAAUUUCAGAUUAUUAGAGGAAUAACUGCUCAAGAGAUACAGACUGGAAAUGUCAAAUCUGCUAAAUGGUUGUUUGAAACUCAACCCCUUGAUUCAAUCAAAUAUUUUAGUAAUGUGGAAGAAAUGGAAAAUAAAAUUGAAGAAGCCAAAGAUAUUGUUAAAGGGGAUGUCAAAACCUGUAGAUGGCUUUUUGAAACACAGCCAAUGGAGUCUCUUUAUGAAAAAGUUUCAUUAGUGACUGGCAGUGAAGAAAUUCAUAAGGGAGAUGUCAAAACCUGUACUUGGCUUUUUGAAACUCAGCCACUGGAUACCAUAAAAGAUUCUGAAGCAACAGUAAAACUGCAAACCAUAAAACACGAGGAGAUUCAAGGUGGGGACGUUCGUACAACAUGCUUUCUUUUUGAGACAGAAAAUUUGGACAGCAUACAGGGAGAAGAAGGAAAGGAGAGCAAGUCUGUGGAAACUGAUAUCCAAGCUGGAGAUGUUUCUAGUAUGCGGUAUAAAUUUGAAAAUCAGUCGUUGGAUUCUAUAAGUUCCAGUUCAGAGGAAGUUUUGAAAAAGAUCAAAACUUUAAAAACAGAAGAUAUUCAAAAAGGCAAUGUUUUAAAUUGUAGGUGGCUUUUUGAAAACCAACCAAUUGAUAUGAUAAAAGAACACCAAGAAGGUGAGGAAUUAGGUAAGACAGUGACAGACAUACAAGGUGGGGAUGUAAGAAAAGGGUGCUUUAUUUUUGAGACUUUUUCUUUAGAUAAGAUUAAAGAAGAGUCUGACUAUGUCAGCACCCAGGAGACAGGUAGUGAAGAAGUGAUAAAAGGCGAUGUGAAAAGCUACAGAAUGUUGUUUGAAACUCAGCCACUCUAUGCAAUCCAAGACCGAGAAGGAUAUUACCAUGAAGUAACCACAGUUAAAAAGGAAGAGGUAAUUCAUGGAGAUGUACGAGGGACAAGGUGGCUUUUUGAAACAAAACCACUGGACUCAAUUAAUGACUCUGACACCGUGUAUAUUAUUAAAUCUGUCACGCAAGAAGACAUUCAGAAAGGAAAUGUUAAUUCUGUCAGAUACAGAUUUGAAACACAAUCACUGGAUAAGAUUUCUGAAGAAUCGCAUGAUAUUGUGCCCACUGUUGACAAUAUUCAAGGUGGGAAUGUUAAGUCCAGUAAACAAUUAUUUGAGUCUGAAAAUGUUGAUAAAAAGACUUGUAUAAGAACAGUAAGUGUCAGUGAAAUACAAAAAGGCAAUGUUAAAACAUCUACUUGGCUAUUUGAAACCCAUACCCUCGAUGAAUUAAAAGGAGAAGGAUCAGAAUAUGAAAAUAUCAAAACUGUUACUCUGGAAGAUGUGAAAAAAGGUGAUGUUAAACAGGCGGUAUGGCUUUUUGAAAAUCAAACUUUAGAUUCUAUUAAGGAAACAAAUGAGAGCAUGACAAAAAUUGUCAAGGAAGAAAUUCCUCCUUCUGAUGUCAAAACAACAACAUGGCUUUUUGAAACAACACCCCUUCAUGAAUUUAAUGAAAAUAAGGUGGAAAGGGUGGCCAUUAUUGGCAAGAGCAUAAAGGAAACCUUAGAAGAACUCUACUCCCAAAAAGUUAUUGCAGCUCCUGGAAUUAUCAUUGAAGCUGAUGAAGUUGGAGAUGUCCGAAUGGCAAAAUAUAAGCUUAUGAAUCAAGCAUUGCCUGAGAUACAAAAAGAAGAAAUUAUCAAAGGGGAUAUCCAAAAUAUAAUGACAAAUCUACUUUCGAAAAGAGACUGUACAAAAAGAGAGAUUUUGGUUAGUGAAGAAGAGAAGGGCAAUGUCAAUUUAACCAAAACUCAGCUGUUAAACAGAUCAGCAGAAUUUCAUGCUGAGAAAGAAGAAAUAGUGAGAGGAGAUAUACAACAAGCAAUAAAAAACCUGUUCUCUGAGGAAGUAUCUGUCAAGAAAGGCAUUGUAAUUCAGGAAGAUGAAAGAGGAGAUAUUAACAUGACAAUCUAUUGUCUUCUUCAUGAAAAUGAAGGUAACACAAUUGACCGUGAAGAAGUAAUAGGAGGUGAUGUAAAACGUACCAUUCAUAAUCUGUUGUCUUCUACAGCAAGCAAUAAUAUAUCUGAAAGGGCAAAAAUUGAUGACUCUGAAAGAGGAAAUGUUCAGUUUUUCACAACAUGCAUCGAAACAGGGGCUUUGGAUUAUCUUAAACAGCUUCAGACAGGGUCAAGUGAAAUACUGUCAACUAGAAAACAAGAAGAAGAGGAAGAAAUAAUUGGAGGUGAUGUUGAGGGCACAAAACUGUUACUUAGGAGAAGACAGUCCCAGAUUGAACGUACUGUUAAUGAAACUGACAUCAUCCCAGGGGAUGUACAUAACACAGCUAAGAUUUUUAUGACAGAGCCUCAGAGUACAUAUAAUAAGACAUCCAAACAAGAAAUUACUAAAGGUGAUUUGAAAUCAACCUUAAAUUCCCUCAGUCAGGUUGUAAAUCAGAAAACAUUGGCUCAUACAGAAGAAAUGAUAAAAGGUGACAUGACGGGCACACUCCAAUCAGUUACAGAAUCAAGCCACCAAUGUAAAGCAGCUAGGCAGCCUGAUACUGGCCCUGUUGAUAUUGAACAAGCUAUUAAAAACCUUGAAAAAGCUGCACAUACAAGGACAGAAAUCCUGAAAAAGGAGCUUAUCCGAGAUGACCUUGAAACAUCUUUAAAUUACCUGAAAGAAGUACAAAGCCCUUUCAAAGAAGUAGGAAGAGAUAUAAUUAAAAAAGAUUUGAUAGGAGUCACAGAAGAACAGGAAACAGAGAUGCAUCAGGUGGAUAUCCAGAAGGACAAAAAGAGUCUUCUUCAGCCAAGACCAGGACCACUUGAAUCGGCAACUGGCUGGAAAAGUGGCAGAGACACAGUCAAAGAUCCUACUGGAAAGUCUUCUUAUGAUCAUUUCAUAGUCGAAGGAGCUGAGUUUAAUCUUCCAAAAGCUCCCAAAGGCACUGUAAAGAUUGUCGUAGAUCGUGAGCAGAACAACGAUGCCCUUGAGAAAAGCCUUAGAAGGCUAUCCAAGUCACACCCCAAAGCGAUUGAAAAUGUGUUGGAAUUGGGUGAUAGAAGGGAUGUCUGGGCUGAUGCUGCCAAAGAACAGCAUCAAAAAGAUGUGUGUAUGAGCCAACAAUUGACUUCAACUAUUUCUAUUAAGGAAAACCAAAAAACUAAGGGAUCAACAACAGUGAAAGAGCAGAAGAAGAGGGAUGACAUCUUUAACUCCACCCAGUCUGUUGAUACGGUGUUUGGAAAGCAGCAGACACAAACCUCUGAGCUGAAGAAUGGUCAUAAGAAGAUGGAAACUUAUAUAAAGAAUCCCACAAUGAACAGAAACAUGGAAGUAUCAACAGAUCCACCCAACUCCAGGCCCAGUCCUACCCAACACCCAGUCAACAUGUCAGGUAGGGGAACUUGUGAAGCUACAGAGGACUUUCAGAAGCAAACUUUGAUAAAGAAAGAAAUUCAGUGUCUUGAUAAGAAUGUAAAGAAAAAUAGGAUGAACCCUCAACCAGUGCGACAACCUUUGCCUGCAGAUCAAGACAUAUCAAAUAUUCCAGAAGUCAAGUUCUUUGAAGAAAGCCGCAAUAAAUUUAAGGCAACCGACAAAAUACAGAAGACUGAUGUUCAUCUGAAAAGCCAGGACUUUCUAAUGAAGACAAAUACUUCAGCAGACUUAAAAAUGGCAAUGGAGAAAUCCUUUAAUCCAAUCCAUUUUAAUGCUGAAAAUAAUAUGAAAGAGAGUGAGUGCUCUCUUCCUCCUCCAUCCCCACCUCCUCCUCCACCUUCCAAUGCAUCAUCUGAAAUUGAAUUUCCACUUCCUCCACCACCUCCUUUAAUGAUGUUGCCUGACAAAAAUAUAUUCCCUCCCUCACUGUCCACAGAGAAGAUAAAGACUGAAUUUGAAAGCUUCCCAAAUCUCCCUCUUCCACCUCCACCAAUAGAUGAGAAAUCUGAAAAGGAAUGCCUAUCGACAUUUCUAACACCUCCACCUCCUCCAACUCUUUCUAAAAGCCCAGCAUAUCUUUCUUCUUCUGUUAAGGAAAAGCACAGUGGAGCAUUCAUUCAGCAAUAUACCCAAGAAAAAGCCACAAGUUCUGAGCAAACUCACUCUCAGACCAAAAUCAGAACAGGAAAAACUGGCACACUCUUGCCACCUCCCACAUUACCAAAACCAAAAUUUUUCAAGCCAAUGCCAAUAGAAGAUAAAAAGAAUCAUCAUUCCCCCAAAAUGGAAUCAGCAAAUUAUCUGUCAGAUAGAGAAUGCAAAAUUAUUCCUUCAAAAGAACAGAAAGGAAUAAUGAUGGCAACUACCAGUGAACUUGCAAAGAGAGAACAGAACAUAUUUACAGAAAGUCUUGAUGAAAGAAAACAAUCUUCUUUUGAAUCUACAAAGUUUUCUCCACAAAAAUUUCCAGAAACUUCACCACCCAAGGAAAAGCAGACAGCACCUCUUCUAAAAUGCCACUCAUUUCCAGUGGGUCCAGGACAACAAAGCCCAAAACCUUAUAUGAGAAAAUUUAAGACACCUUUAAUGAUUGCUGAAGAAAAAUACAGACAGCAAAGAGAAGAGCUUGAAAGACAGAAACAGGAAAAUUCGUCCUACAAAAUAGUCAAAACAGAAAGUAAGAACCAAAACAUAUUACAAUUAGAAAAGGGAAUGAUGUUAGGAAAAGAAAAUGAAGAGUUUCCUUUACCUAGAAAGAGUUCAGAGAGCACGAGCACUGAGGCCCAAUAUAUUGCAAACUCUCAAAGUAAUGAUCAAGUAAUUAGAGUUAGCACAGACAAUCAGAUCUCCACAACGUCAGCAGUCUCAGUGGCUGCCAAGAAGCUCCAACAUGUUCUAUCAUCCUCAGAAGAAAAAGAUAAUAUUAGAAGGGACAUUGUAGAAAACACAAAAGACAUUAUCCAAUCCAAAGCAGUUUCUGAAACUAGACAGAGUCACCAAGAAUGUAACACACAACAAAAUUAUUUGGAGCAGAACCACUUGCCCCCCAACAAGCCAGUUUCCCCAAGUUUUAAAGUUAAAACUAUCAAGCUACCAACUCUAGAUUCUAAACUCAAUAAAAGAGACCACAGUUAUGAAAAUCAUGAAAAGAAAUAUGUAGAUAAUGUUCAAACCAUGACUAAACAACAGUAUCACAAAAGUGAGAAAACAGAAGCAAGUAAUGAAUGUAGUAUUAAGCAAACUGUGGCUGAAAAACAUCAGCCACCUAAGAAGGAGAAAAGAGUGACAAUACAAUUGCCUGCAGAACUGCCAGAGAAGAGACAAGUGAGCAAGCCCAGCACUGAGCUUGAAAAGCAAAGAGAAUUUAGAGACUCUGAAAGCGUGACACUGACAGCAAAUGAGGGACAAAAUCAGGGCCCGCCAGUGUUUGAUCCAAGAGAAGAAAGUCUAAUAGUGGAAAGAAAACAAGAAUAUUUUGAGAAUAAAUCAGCACAGAAGGUAGUCAAGCAAAAGGUUAUUGAUGAACAUUUUGAUUCCCAGGCUCAGAAUUUUCAGCAGACACAAAUACAGGCUUCUGAAAGUAAAGCUGAACAUAAAAAAUUGCCACAACCAUAUAAUCAACCACAGGAAGAAAAAGGUGUCUGGGUUAAGGGCACACGACAGACACAAGUCCUCUCUAGUACUAAAGAGUCAAAGCAGGAGAUGAUACAGAACAGAUCUUUAUUUUCCUCUGUGGAAGAAUCCCAGCAGGAUGAUGGAAAAUGUACUGUAAAUAUAUUGGAAUUCUUGAGAAAACGGGAAGAACUCCGGGAGAUUUUGUCUAGAGUAAAACAAUUUGAAGCAGAGCCAAGUGAAAAUGGCCUCAAAACAUUUCAAACACUGUUAAAUAUUCUCCCAGUAUGGCUGAUAAGUGAAGAAAGGAGACGCUAUGGAGUUCGCAUUGCUUUGGAGAAUAAUUUCCAAAAAAUAAAAGAAGAAAUAAUGCAUAUUAAAACUCAAGCAGAGGGUAUGCUGGUGUCUUCUGAGAAUAUGAUUGAAACAGCUAUGAUAUCCUCUAAAGCAGGAAAUCUGAGAAACAAAUCUACUAGUCUUCAUGAAACAUCAUCUGAAGUAUCUGAUGUUAAUGACAGCUACAAGAAAAACAUUGAACAGAAAGCAAAUAAAACCAUAGCAGAAAAACACACUCACCAUCAAGUCACAACUCAGCAUGAAGCAAAAACUCCUUCUAGUCCUGUGAAAGCUCAUCAGGAGAUUCAACCAGAGAUUUGCAGAAAUUCUCCUUCCUGUUUGAAAACACGACCACAGUCACCUACGUUUAUAACAAUUGAGUCUACAGCCCGAAGAGCACAAACUCCAACUAAGGACGAGCCUUCUCAAUCACCUAAAAAGGACCAUUCUGCUGAGCCAGCCCCACCAGGAAGGUCCCUUUCGCAAACAGCUACAAUUCACAGAGCAAACACCCCCCCUUCUCCAGCCAGGAGUCGCUCUGAGCAGCUUGUCAGACUCAAAGACACCACUGCAAAGUUAUCAAGAGGGACCAUCCCAAGCCCGUCAGGCACCUCAGUUCCAAUUGUAGAGAAGAGGUCUGAGAUCAUCACCUCGCCUGCAACACUUCGCCGUCAAAUCAAGAUAGACACACGUGGCAAGGACUCUCCACCAACAAUCACAAUACCUGUCAGUGUCAAUCACAGUGCUAGCGGUUCCUUUCGAGAAUCCGUGGAAGCACAAGAGGAAGUUAGGAGAGUAGAGAAAAGGGAGGUUUACACUCACAAGGAUGGAGCUAAUUCCACUAAACACAUAGUGCCAGAUACGGAAAGUUUUGAUGCAGUUGAAAUGAUCCGCAAGAUCCAAAUGCCUCACCUGUCAGGACGCACGCAGAGGUACGAAGCAGCCAGCCGAACUGUUCAAAUGGCUGAAAAUAUAAACGGCCAUGAGAAUGAUAUAAACAGAUGGUUCAGGGAAUUUGAAGGUAACCCAGUUUUUGAAGCAAAGUCAAAUGAAAGAGUUUAUGCGAAUGGAGAGGCAAGCCAUAACAUGCAAGAAAGUCGUUCCUUUUGUAAGGAAAAUUUUGGAUUAACAUCUUUGGAAAAUACGAGUUUCAGGGACUUUUCUUAUAGACAUCCCCGCGUACUACAAGAAGCAAAUCCUUUUCAACAGCCCCGAGUUUGUUCAGAAACAAGAUCUCUCAGCGAACAUUUUUCAGGCAUGGAUGCAUUUGAAAGUCGAGUUGUUGAGUCAAAGACAGCGGCCUCUUCAUCCCAAAGCUCAGAAGCUGGCAAACUAGGCUUUGACUUCAAGCAUGCCCCGCCAACCUAUGAAGAUGUCAUCGCUGGCCACAUUUUAGAUAUUUCUGAUACACCUAAAGAACUGAAGAGAAAUUUUCAAAAGACAUGGCAGGAGAGUGAAAGACUUUUUAGAAGCCAGGGAUACACAGCAUCAGAGGUUGCUCCAGCUGAGAUGAGAACCACCUUUCAAGAGGCAUCUGCAUUUAUAAGUGAAACUGUUGCUCCAAGACAAGGAAACAUGUAUCCUUUGUCAAAAGACAGUCUAUCCAAUGGAGUGCUUAGUAGCAGACAAGCAGAUUUGGGAAAUUAUGCAUCCCUUCAUGGAAAAAUCUAUUGUAAACCUCACUUUAAGCAACUUUUCAAAUCUAAAGGAAAUUAUGAUGAAGGUUUUGGACACAAACAACAUAAAGAUAGAUGGAAUUGCAAAAAGAAAUGUAGGUCGGUGGACUUGAUUCCAAGUGAAGACACAGACAUGUUUUAUACCGAUGCAGCAAACACCCCUGUACUUGGAGACCUUCAGCAUUUAGAUUCUGCAAGCAGUGAAGAACAAAGAGAUGAUUUGAGAAAACUAGGGGAAAGGGGAAAAUUAAAAAUCAUCUGGCCCCCUUCCAAGGAGAUGCCUAUGAAAACCUUUGCCUAUGAAAAAGAACUAAAAAUGAAUAAACCUAAAUGGCCACCUCAAAUGACAACUCCAACACCUACUGAAAUGAAAAGUGAGUCAUUGAGAGAACGUGCUAAAACUCUGGAGAAUCAUGAGCAAGAACAAGACAGUAUUUCUUUCCUUCAGCCAUUACUACAGUCUAUUCUCAUGUGUCAGAAAGAGGACAUAAGCAUGGAAAAGGGGAGAAAUGAGAAAAUGACUGAACCUGACGGUGCAGAGGUUUUACAAGUUACAAACACUGAUGAUGAGGUAGUACUGGACUAUCGCAAAGAGAAUUUGAAUAAGAAUAAUAAUAACAAUUAUGUAGCAGCUUCACACCUGAAUAUUUGUAGGCAGAAGACAUCAGUUUUAGAUUUGUCUAACCUAUUACCACUGUCAAGCGAAGCAAAAUACACUGCGAUUGAAUAUGAAAAUGAAAAGUUAGAAAAUACAUCUAGAAUUUCAGAGUUACUUGGCAUAUUUGAAUGUGAAAAGACUUAUUCAAAGAAUGUUCUAGCUCUGGCCUUCAAUAAACAGACUCACAGAGCUACUGCUGGCAGUCCUGUGCAGUCUGUUCCCAAACCCAGCCUCCAUGGUGGACUAAGAGUGAAGGGGAAAGCUUUAAAGGUCCCUUCUGAUAGAAACAUAAUAAACAACAGGGGUAACCCUGCAAGCAACAAAAAUUUACACUUCUUCUUUUCUAACACUGUGAAAAUCGCUGCGUUUUCCAAGAAAGAUGCGAACAUUUUUGAGCACAAUUUAAUAGAGUCUGUAGAUCCAAUUAAAAACCUGCCAUGCUUGUGUUUGAAAGAUGUUGGGAAGGACAUUAACCACUGGCAUGGGGAAACAAUAGGAGCAGCUACACACAGUAAUGGAAACAUGAGUUUUGAUGUUCUGAGCAGUGAAUGGGCAGCUAAACAUCCAUGUCCCUGCAAGGAGGUACAAUCCGAGCAACUCACCGUGGAAGAGCUGAUUAAAAGGAAUAGGUGCUACAGUGACAAUGAGUGA